CGCCGCAGCGUGCACUUGUUGAUUAGACACUCCGGGCCAAAACAAAUUCAAUUAGUGUAACAACCCUAGUGGAAAGUUAUUCUUAGUUCGAAUGUUGACUAUAGAAAGAUGCCGUUAGGUUGCGCAUGCUGCUGGUUGUUACUCCUAAUGCACCUCUGUCUGGCAAUAGGAAGCAGCCAUCCAAAGGGAAAGCGUCAUGUUGUGGUUGCCCACGAUGGAUUCCACAAUAUCAACAAGGAACCAAAGUAUAGAAACUGGAGGACACGCCAGGAACAGCAUGCCAAGCAUCAUAAUCCAAUUACUCAGACUAUUAUAAAUAAUUAACUGUAUUUCAAGCAGAAUGCACAUGCGAUCUUUAUGCCGCAAUAUAUAUAUUAAUUGAAAUACAAUAGAUGUUAAUGGGUAUCAUAGCCUUCCCACACCUCACAA